GUCCAGUUUGAGAUCCCAGAUGCAGAUGCCGAGACGGCCACUUCAGAGGAUAGCAACGAGGCCGUGCAGAACAUGCCUGAGGAGCCAGACUCUGAGGGCUUUCUGCAGAAGGAUCCGAUGAAACCGCAGAUCCAACGGCUCUUCGAGGCCUCCGACUUGGACCACUUCUUGAAGGUCAUGCUGGAUCCAUGGCUUCAGGUCUCUCGGACACCAACACCAUCACCCAGGAUCAAAGCAACCUGUGGAGGAGGUGAUGCUGGUGCUGGCAGUGGCAGGCUGAAUGAUGAUGGAGGCAAUGCGACUGUAACCGAGGUGACUUCAGCCUCUUCAAACAUCCAGCUGUUCCUUUGCUACCUCUCUUCGCUGUUCUUAGCCUUGCGAUCGGGUGGCAAGCCAGGCAAGGAGGAUCUGCCCUUUUGGCCACAGGAUGCGUCCAGCCUCGGCAUCCCGCAAACCUUGCAGCUGCCGAAGCGAACGCUGCAGCUGAAUAUCUUGGAUAGUUAUGAUACUUUGCGCCUGGCCACAAGGCUCUUAUUGAUGACCGUGGGCCAUCGCAGCGCCAAGAGUGUGCCAUGGGAGGUUCCGUCGAUGCAGGAACUCAGUGUUUGCGCGCAUGUGGGGAUCCUCUACACGUUGAGACGGAAAGACCUCAACGAGCGAACGCUGAAGUUCAGCAUCGUGGCCAUUUUCCAGAUCGGCUCAUCUUUGCUGACCUUGGAAGAUGCAGGCAUCUCUACUGGCUGGCCAGUACGACUCGUUGAGGCCUUGGUAAACCGAACCGAAGCUGAGCCACACUUGCUGGUGCCACACUGCAAGCUCGUGGUGGAGGCCUAUCGAAAGGGCCGCGAAUCACUAGGUGGUGAGGAGUUUCAUCCAGGCACGAAGAAUAAAGCACUGGUGCUACCUGGAGGUUGCGCUGCGUGCCCACCUCGCAACGUGCCCUAUGGCCCGGAGCCAAAGAUAAAGAGGUGGAAUCUCUACAGCUCGACCUUUGGCAGUGUCUGGUCUGGUGUGUGUCGCAUCCGGAACUGCGAGAUUCCAAUGAAGCUGAAGGAGGGCCCGUCGCAGUGA